AUGCAGACAACUUAUUUUCUCUUCGUUGGAGCCUUGGUACUGUUGCACUUUAUCGCAACUGGCUCAGCUACCAUAAUUGUAGCCAACAACCAAAACAACACUGUUGAUCUGAAUGCUCUUCUUGCCUUCAAAGCCGCCAUUUUCGAUCCUCAAAGGAUCAUCCCAACCAACUGGUCCACAUCUACCUCUGUUUGCAACUGGAUUGGAAUCACUUGUAAUACUCGUCAUCACAGAGUCGCAGCCAUUGACCUUUCUUACAUGGGAAUUGCGGGAACUAUACCUCCACAACUGGGAAAUAUUUCUUUUCUCGUCAGGUUCAAUGUCAUGAAUAACAGCUUUCAUGGACAUCUUCCAACCGAGCUCUCUCGUCUGCGCCGAUUGAAGUACAUCAGCUUGGAAGGUAAUGCCUUUGAGGGAGAACUUCCGUCGUGGUUGGGAGCUUUAACUGCACUCCGAUACUUAUCCUUCCGAGAUAACGGAUUUUCAGGUUCAUUAUCAGGCAGACUCUCUAAUUUCACAAAGUUAGAGACCAUCUGGUUGGGUCACAACUUCUUUACGGGGAAUCUUUCAGAAGAAUUCAGUGCUCUACCGAAACUGAAACUUUUGGAAAUUCAACAUAACCAACUCGCAGGCCCUCUGCCACAGGCUCUAUUUAACCUCUCCUCGUUGCAAUUUAUUGGUUUUACGAAUAAUAGCUUAUCGGGUUACCUUCCAGCACAUAUCUGCGAUUAUCUCCCACAACUUAAAGGGCUUUACUUAUCAGGGAAUUACUUUGAAGGUGAAAUUCCAUCAGGCAUUGGAGAAUGCUCAGGACUCCAAGUUUUAUCCUUGUUUGACAACAAAUUCCGAGGAUAUAUAUCAAAAGGAGUUUGGAAUCUAACCACGCUUACAGUUUUAUAUUUGGGUGGGAACGACCUGACAGGUGAAAUUCCAAAAGUCAUUGACAAUCUCUAUAAUUUGGAGAAACUCAGCAUGCAGCGUGCUAAUGUGACAGGUAUAAUACCUCAAGAGGUUGGUAAUCUUAGCAAGUUGGAACUAUUAGACUUCGCCUCGAAUAGGUUGAGAGGUCCCAUUCCGCUGAAACUUUUUAAUAGUUCAAUUGCACGAAUUAUUUCUGUCACGGACAACGAUUUAUCAGGCGAGCUUCCAUCAACUAUAGGUGCUUUCUUACCCAAUCUUGAGGAACUCUACCUUGGGGUAAAUGAAUUCACUGGAACUAUACUAACAUCUAUCCUAAAUGCUUCUAGGCUCAGAAUCCUAGACCUUGGCGAUAACCAUUUUACUGGUGCAAUUCCACGUUCUCUUGGAAACUUGAGAUUACUGGAACAGUUUGUUAUAUCGCAAAAUGGUUUUUCUGAGGCCUCGCUAUCCAAAGAGUUGAGCUUCAUCAUAUCCCUAUCAAAUUGCAAACAUUUAAGAAGGUUGUGGUUAGAUGAGAAUCCUCUGAAUGGCUUCCUCCCAAAGUCUAUUGGAAAUCUUUCUAGCUCACCCGAAAAAUCCAUUUCUGCCGCUCGUUGUGGAAUCAUAAGUGAAAUUCCAAGUUCGAUUGGUAAUUUGAGCAACUUGAUUGAGCUGGACUUUUCAAUCAAUAGUUUGACUGGAGUAAUUCCAACUACAAUCAAAUGGUUGUUGAAGCUUCAGGUCAUAGAGCUAACUGACAAUCAGAUACAAGGAGCUAUUCCAAGUGAGCUUUGUUAUUUGCUGGCAAAAAAUAAGCUCUCUGGUAUGGUGCCUUCUUGUUUGGGAAACGUUACAACACUGAGAUAUGUUUAUCUCUAUUCUAACAAUUUAAGAUCUGUGAUACCAACAAGCUUUUGGAGCCUUAGAGAUAUUUUGGAGCUAGACAUGUCAGGAAAUUAUUUGACAGGUUCUUUGCCCGCAGAUAUUGGAUACUUCAAGGCAUUAGUCUAUUUGAACCUUUCAAAUAAUCAAUACUUGGGUGGGAUACCUAGCACUAUUGGAGCACUACAGGAUUUGCAAGAACUCUCCUUUGAACGUAACAAGCUGCAAGGAUUGAUACCAGAUUCCAUGAAGAAUAUGUUGCAGUUAUGGCAUUUGGAUCUAUCUUUUAACAAUCUGGAAGGUGAAAUUCCCAACUCAUUACAGCUGAGAAAGAAAAUUCUAGCUCCAACUCAGAACUUGCUUCCCAUGGCGACAUUUGAAAGGGCAUCCUUCCAUGAACUUAGACAAAUAACAAAUGGAUUCAGCGAGAGUAACUUACUUGGCUCGGGGAGCUUUGGUUCAGUUUACAAGGGAAUUCGCGAAAAUGGGAUGGUUUGGGCCAUAAAGAGUGAUUACUGCUUGCUCUAA